AUGGCCUCCGACAAUACUCAGGAAAGGGACAUUGGCGCCUUAGCCGAGGGAGAAGAGGGUCUUCGUGAGAGCAAUAGUGACCGAGAUUCCGAGAAGGGACUCUUAACGGGCUCGUUGCGGUUCAGGUCUAAGAAGUACUUCUUAAUUUGCAAUGACGAACAGAAGCUGGGUAGGCCUAAACAAUGGUGUGCUGCUUGGUCUAUGUGGAUCAUAUCAUUGAACAUCUUGGUAUUCUGCGGUUCGAUUCUUUUCCUCCUAUCCCCGCUCUCUACUCAGGCCUGUAUGCGACAUCUUAGCGAUCAGGAUAAAUGGAAAGCAACAUCGUACUACGCGCCACUGCUAGAGCGGUUCGACAUUCCACGGGUCGUUCUGACAACCAACGGCUCCUUGUAUGACUCCGACCCCCCAUCGAUCCUACGCAUUCCUCAAGGCGACAAAGCCGACGCAGAGUGGUUCCGAAUCAGUAAUGGUGUCUUCCCUAUCCUCAUCUCGGCAGAAGAGAUCCAUCGUCUCGGCAAGGACCCUGCACUCGCCGUCCGAGUCCCUGAUAAGUUCGGCUUCGGGCCGGAUGCCUACCUUGCCCAGACGGAGGUUUUCCACCUCCUCCACUGUCUUGAUAUGCUACGCAAGGAGAUCUCCUACGAGCACUAUUAUUUCCCGAUGUUCGGAAAUAACCCCGAUGCACAGCACACGGCCCAUAUCUCUCAUUGCAUCGACAUCCUGGCCCAGUUCAUCAAAUGUCAAAGCCCCGUCGAUGUGAUCCUUUUCAACUGGGUGGAGGGCUGGGAUCAGCCAUUUCCGGAUUUCAUGAAUAAGCAUGUCUGUCGCGACUAUGAGGCGCUGCUGACCUAUGUGAACGAGAACUCGGUCCCAAAGGAAGUGUUCCAAGCCAUGAAAGAGCCACCGGCUGACUAUCCAGUUCAACCGGAUCCGUCAAUUGCGCCCUUCUUACCAACUACCGGACCCCGUGAAUAA